AUGCUAGUGGCUCACGCCUGUAAUCCCAGAACUUUCCCGCGGUCCCCGGCAGCCCCCGGCGCCAUGCACCGCUGGCAGAAGAACACCAAGUUCACCAAGAUCUUCGUGGGCAGCCUGCGGUACCGCACCACCGAUGCCUCGCUCAGGAAGUACUUCGAGGACUUCGGCGACAUCGAGGAGGCCGUGGUCAUCACCGACCCCGAGACCGGCAGGUCCCGCCGCUACGGCUUCGUGACCAUGGCCAGCCGGGCGGCAGCCCAGAGGGCUUGUGAAGACCCUCACCCCGUCAUCGACGGCCGCAAGACCAACGUGAACCUGGCUUACCUGGGCGCCAAGCGGCGGAGCCUCCCGACCGGCUUUGCAACUAGGGUGCGGAAGCUGCGCCCAGCUUCGAUCCAGCGGACUUACCCGCCGACCCCGGACCACAUCCACCCGCCAGCGACCGUGCAGCCCAGCGCAGUGAUCCUGGCCGCCCCGGUCCCAUCGCUAUCCCCGCCCUACAGGCAGUACACGCCGGCCAGCCGGGCCUACGCCCAGUACCCAGCGGCCACCUACGACGAGCACCCACCGGGCACCUACGACCAGUACCCACGGGGCACCUACAACCAGCACCCACUGGCCACCUACGCUCAGUCCCCAUACGCCGUCCAGCCUGCUACGGCUGCCGGCUUCGCAGGCUACAGAUACCCGGCCGCCAUGCCCCAGGUCCGCUCAGCCGCAGCGCCCCGAGGCACCAAUUUCAUGCAGUACCCCGCGCCACAGCUGCAGCUCGACAGGAUGCAGUGA